AUCAAAAUGCUUUUAAAAGUAGUCAAGUUCCUCAGCCUUUUUGUUGGUUUCCUGGCGACUUCAGGAGCAGCGAAAUAUCUAUCCGAAAAACCCGACUUUCUCACUCCUUGUGUUGUGGGCGAUUCUAAUUUCAAUAAAUGCUUGACCAGCAAUUUCCAGACCUUCUUCCGUCAGUGGAAGGAUGGAAUUCCUGGCAACACUGCCGUGGGAUCCUUUGAUCCACUCUAUAUCAAGCGAGUGAAAUUCGCGCAGGAUGCCAACAGAGCAAUAGCCAUUAAUGCCGAUCUGAAAGACGUAUACGUCGCAGGUGCUGGCCAAGCGGUGGUCAUUGAAGCCAGUUGGGAUCCUAAGCAUUAUGUGGCCAAGGCUUUGAUAAACGUUCCCAAGAUGCGUUUUAAUUUCGACUACAAAGUCAAAGGACAUGUGGUGGCGCUGAAUCUUAAUGGACACGGCUCAGGUUACUUCGAAGCUGAAAAUGCACUGAUAUAUCUGGAAAUGGCCGUCAAGCCGGUGACCACAGCGGAGGGAAGUUUCGCAAAUGUUCAGAGCGUCAAAGUCAAUUUCCGUGAGAUCAAACAAUUCCACAUCAAGCUGGAAAAUCUCUUUGGGGGCAACAAGGAUUUGGAGGACACAGCCCAUACUCUUUUCAAUGAAAACUGGCGUGAUUUCUACGAGGUUCUGCGUCCGGCUGUGGAGCAAACUGUGAGCGGAGUUCUUCUAGAUCGAUUCAAAAAGACAUUUUCCUUCGUACCAGCGACUUACUUGAUAAAAGACUUCCAUUAA